AUGCUGCCUCUCCUUGCCUUGUCUCUCCUGCUUGGGCCGUCAGUGUGCACUACUACAGCAGGAGACAGAGAGGAACUGGCUUUUGGUGCAGAAGCAGAGUCCUGGGUCACCGUGAACCUGAAGGGAAUCCCCGUCCCCAGCAUUGAACUUCAGCUUCAGGAUUUGAAGAGAAGCAGGACUCGCCAGUUCUAUGGUCUGAUGGGGAAGCGGGUGGAGGGGUAUCAGCUGGGACGCAUAGUGCAGGACCUCCUUGGCACGAGAGGUUUGUCCAUAGAAGGAACCUGCAGACAGGAGACAAAUCACCAGAGUGCAGAGCCCAGAGCAGUGGCCAGGAAAAGCCUCCAGAGUCAAGAGGAAGACCAGGCUCCCCUACCCACCAGCAACGUGUAGCAUUCUCCCUGGGCACAGAAGAGGACGGCCAGAGGUCAGAGAGAG